UCUUCCAGUUACUUGGCGCCAGUAUCCGUUGCCCGUUGCAGUGGUGAGUAGGUGACAGUUCCCCUUCCAGACCCCGAAACUUCGAAGAGCCCUAACUAAACCCAUGGCGCUCUCCGCCGCUCGCCGGCUCUCCACCACUACUUCCACCUCCUCCUCGGCCGCAGCCGCCGCGGCGCCGCCGAAGCUCUCCUCGCUGUUCCGCAAUCCGAAGCCUCGACCGCGGCCGGACCCCGGCGUCGAUGCGCCGCGGCGGGGGCCUAGGCCCAAGCCGAGGCAGCCUUGGGAGGAGGAGGCGGGGGCGCUGCUGCGGCGGCUCCACGAGGGGGGCUAUCUCCCGGGGCCCGACCUCUCUUCGGCGCCGCACGCCGCCUCCCCCGACUCCGUCAAGACCGCCGCCGAGCGGUUCGGGCACGACCACCAGCCCGUCGCCAAAUGGCUGUCAGGGAGUGAUUUGAAGAAGGUUGCCUUGUUUGGGUGUCCCACUGUUGAGCGAAGAACGGUUUUCGCAUCAAAAAGAUUAAGAGUGUUCUUCAACCUCCAGGAAGACAAAAUAUGCAGCUCUUGUAAACUGAGAAGUUCGUGCAAGUUUGUGAACCAGGAAGUGGUUAGGCAUAAUAAAGUGAUUCUAUCAGAUACAAUGAGAAUUAUUUCUUUGUUUGUACUGGAUGCUUGCGCGCAGCAACUCCAGGUUACUGCUGAGUUAAAAGCCAGCGUCUGCAAGCUGCUGAAGGAUACCAUAAAUCUUAGCAGUUAAUUGCUGAACAUCCAGAGCAGAACUCUGCAGUUUUAUUUAUUUAUUUAUUUAUUUAUUUUUAGUCCUAGUUGUAAUAGAGUGCUGUCAGCAUUUAUUUGGAGGAAAUAGCCAAGGCCCAUGUUUGACGCUGAUAUCGCAAUCGCUCCCUGUCAAGGUUAGAGUGCGCUAUGAAGCGGUGAGAUCUCACAUCAGUUCGUUGGCAUCUGGCCUCCGGAUUCUGAGGACUUGAGGAGUGAACACUGAAGACAACUAAUAACAUCCAGCUGUAAGAGCCCUAUUGAGAGGGGCCCUUGGUGGGUGGCGGCUAGGGUUUGGGAAGAGAGGAGAGGGAGGUGGCUCAGAGACAGAGAGGACAGAGGAGAGGGAGACGCUAGGAGAGGGUCGGAGUCGGCAGGGAGAGACAGAGAGGUAUGGGAAGGGGUAAUUUUUCUUCUAUUGCUUAAUUAGAUUGAUCACAUCAUUCUUGCAUAUAUAGUUCCUAUUGGACUAUCCCAAGCAACUACGGGAGAUCCUUGUAGAUUGGAUUACAUAACAAACCAUACUCUAAUAUGGUAAACCUCCUAACCUAAUCCCUUCCGAGCCGGCUAGCGCCCCUACUUGGGCUUCCCUAGUCCCGUUAGCUCUAGGUUAGGGGCCUCUCAUUAGACGAAUGGCACCAUCAAUCCUGGAUAAGCAUCAGGUCUCAUGUUUGCUUGAUGUCCCGACAACCUCGCUAUAUCUGCAUUGAAUUGCCUAACGAUGUACAGGAACUGUGGACGUUGACGGCGACCUCAAGAUGGAACAAUUUGAUGACAUUAUCACAUAAUAGUUCAUUCCCCUUGGGACAUGAUGAUAAGCACGUUUGUCAAGUUCCUUGUCCCUGAAGCAUCA